UUUUUUUUAAUUAUUAUUCUUUUUAUUAUACUCUUCCGAUCAUCUUCCCCCUCUCCAAUUUCUCUCUAAUCUCUAAUUUCUAUGGCGAUGCCUUCUCGGGAAGCAAUUGAUACUUUCAUCGGCGUCACCGGAGCCUCCGAAGCGAUCGCCGUUCAAAAGCUCGAGGCACAUGGUGAUGAUCUCAAUGCUGCUGUGAAUGCAUAUUUCAAUGAAGGAGAUAGAAGUUCGUCCGUAAACGCACAUCCGACCUCUGUUUCUGGUGAUUAUGAUUUCAUGGACAUUGAUGAUCCAGUUGAAGUUGAACCCCAGGGUCCUCCUCAGUCUCUUCUAUCUGCUGCUAGAGAGAUUAUGAAUCCAUUUUCAUUACUUGAUCAAAAUCUCCGCCAGGGUUUAUUUGACCACGCCUCUGAUUUUACUAGUUCUGCUCCAAUGGUGACUCAUCCAAGAGAGGUGAGGGAGAUUCCCAUAGAAUUUAGAGAUGGUAGCCGACCAUCUGGCCAAUCUGGCCAAUCUGGCCAUGUGCUGACAAUUGAGGAUGUCACUGGGACUGUGGAUGCCCAUGGUCAAGAGGUUCGUGGGACUGUAGUAAUUGAUGAUAACGAAGAUGAAGAACCUCUAGUUGCUUCUGUAGCACAUGCACCAGAUUUAGAGCAUCGGGCUAUUUCAAGUCAUGAUUCUCGUGACAGAAAUGCUAUAUCCGGUGCCUUUGAAAGUGCUGAGUUUCAAGACAGAAAUGACAUUGAAGAAGAAAUGAUUCGUGCUGCAAUUGAGGCUUCAAAGAAAGAUGUUGUGCAGGCUUAUCCAAGUGAUCCCUUAACUACACAAACUGAUUUAAGCAAUCUUAGGGCUCGAGAACAUCUUUCUCACUUGAGUGAUUUAGAAUUAUCACCUGCAGCUUCAUCUAUCAAGCCAGAGGAAGAUUUCCCUGAGCGAGGGGAGAACAUUGGAGGAUCAAAAACAGAAACUUCGAAGUUAACUGAUGUGGAACUGAGGAAGGUCACAUCAUUAAAUGGAAGGAUGGAAACAGGAAGUACGUCUGCUCAAGAUGAGGUUGAAGAUCUAGAGGAAGUUAAUUUAAUUAGGCAUCGGACCAAACGCAAGUCCUCUGGCAAUGCUGAGCCUGCAAAGGGGGUUGAAAUUGUUGAUUUAAGCCUUGCAUCAAGUCCCAAGCAUCCUGAUAGUAGUAAUAAUCCACAGCACAAUGGGAAUGCAUUUCAGUCUGAUGAGUGGGGUGGAAUUUCUUCAGAGGAGCAUGAUGAAGCAGUCAUGCUUGAGGCUGCCAUGUUUGGUGGAGGUUCUGAAGGAAGUUCAUAUCGUUUUCCAUCUGCACCUCAUGAAUUCAUGAGAAAUCAAGGUUCAUAUGUACAGCCAGCCCCUCGCCCUCCUUCACCCUCCUUAGUAGCUCAGCGCUUGAUAAGGGAACAGCAGGAUGAUGAGUAUCUGGCAGCUUUAGAAGCUGACAGAGAAAAAGAACUGAAGGCCAUGGCUGAAGCUGCAGCUGUUCGUGAAAAAGAAAGACAGAGAGAGGAAGAAUCUCGUCAGAAACUGGAUGCUGAGAAGGAACUUGAAAGACAUUUGGCAGAAAUAGAGGCUUCUCUUCCCAGUGAACCAAGAUCAGAUGACGAGAAUGCGGUGACACUGUUAGUGCGCAUGCCAGAUGGCAGUCGCCGCGGUCGUCGAUUUCUCAAAUCUGAUAAGCUACAGUGUCUCUUUGACUUCAUUGAUAUCGGUAGAGUUGUCAAGCCUGGUUCCUACAGAUUGGUGAGGCCAUAUCCUCGAAAAGCUUUUGGAGAUGGGGAGAGUUCCUUAACAUUGAAUGAACUUGGAGUUAACAGCAAGCAAGAAGCUUUUUAUCUGGAGUUGAUUUAAUGGUGUGGCCAACUCUAUUAAACUGCUGAAAUUAAAUGAUAUAUACAUGAAAAUUACUUCUUCUCUUCUCUCUCGAAGCUUUCUUUGUGUGGAUGAAGUGUAGGAAUGGCAUUUGAAGGUAUAAAUAGAUCCAUUAAUGCGGAAUAAUGGUUUUGAAGUGCCUAAUAUUUGAUCCUUCUGCCAUGUUGGUCUGUAUUGCA